UUAUUUGGCAUUCAAAAAUAAACGACGCGAUAAUGCGCGCGCGCUGACGCUACCGCGCACGCGAGUAAACGAAAUGAUGGUGGGGUGGUUACAUGGAGUGAGAGGUUAGCCACUGAAUCAACUCAUCGAAGCGACCACGUGCCGUGACGAUAAAAGUGCGUACGAUCGUACCCGUUCACAAACAAUCGGGACGAGUGACGGUGCAGUGCACUGUGCUUCUCCAUCGUGCCUUUCAAUCGAUUCUCGAUCGUUACCUCUCGAUCGUCAUCUCUCGAUCUCUGGCCGCGCGUCAGUGUGUACAGUGACUGUGUGAAUACAGCUCUGGUGAUCAUGUCCUCUAACGAUCUGCGUUCAGGGUUUAAGAAAUUGAUGCACGGCGAAGGGGCCUUGAAGAACACUGUGCUCACUGCUCUGGCGGAGAUGAUUGGCACUUCCAUGUUGGUGUUCCUUGGAUGUAUGGGAUGCGUUGGAAGCCUUGGUGUCGUUCCUUCUCACUUCCAAGUAGCCUUAACCUUCGGCCUGGCUGUAAUGAUUGUGAUUCAGUCCCUUGGCCACAUCAGUUUAGCUCACAUUAACCCUGCCAUCACGGUGGGAUCGGUUGUGCUUGGAAUGAAGACUAUUCCCGAAGGUUUGGUCUACCUCCUGUCUCAAGUAGUUGGUGGAGUCUUAGGAUUUGGAAUGUUAAAGGUGGUGACUCCAGCGGGUCGGAUGACAGGCAAAGACGUGGACGAUGAGGACAUGUUUUGCGUGACCGAUCUGCACACAGAGCUGUCCGCCAUCCAGGGCCUCCUUCUCGAAGGCAUUUCCACGGCUGUACUGAUGCUGGUCGCGUGCGCCGUCUGGGACAGCAGGAACGCGAAAAACACCGACUCGGUGCCAAUCAGAUUCGGAUUGACGGUGGCCGCUCUCGCUCUNNCAGUCGGCCCGUACACGGGCUGCAGCAUGAACCCGGCCAGGUCGUUGGCACCGGCGCUCUGGAACAAUCAGUGGUCCCAUCACUGGAUCUACUGGUUCGGCCCCAUCGGUGGCGCCCUUCUGUCGUCCUUCACGUACAAAACCAUCUUCGGCGUGAAGAGGAACAAGCGGGAGGAGCCUGCCGCAGAAGCUGUGGCGUUGAACAGCGUGGACACCCAGAAGGCCGAGCCGUGAUACGACAUUUGAAGAGGACCAGAAUCGGGAGCGUCCAGGGUACGAGACGAUCGGCAGUUUAUUCGAGAAAGUACAAGAGAUUAAGUGUUUAAAUGGAAGGAUCGAAUUGGAAGCUUGAAACGCGAUACAUCGCCUGGGCCUGGGGGUCAUCAUGUGCCGCCAUCUUGGACCUCGAACAUCUCCGUUUUUUCCUUCGAUCGUAUCGCGCUCGAACGAUUCACGAGAUCGCAAGACUGUAUAAUUCAGAGAAAUCAUUCGUUGCCUGCGAAAGAGCGACGACAUUAUUAUUGUUAGAAAAAUGUAUAGAUAGUGUACACUGCUGUUCGAAAUUAUUAGUUACAUUAAUUUUAAAAAUUUUUUUAAUAGACCGUAGGUGUAGCUUGUUUGUAAAUUUUUCUAUGAUAUGAAAAAUAUAACGAGUCUCUGAGAGUAUGUCGAAUCGAAAAUUAUAUAAUUUGAUUUAUUUAAUUUUUUAUAUUUUAUGUAUCUGUAUUCAUUGUUAAAAAAUAAGAAAAAAAUUUGGAAAAGAAUAAUAUCCUGGAACAAAGUUUGAUUGAGAUGUAAGAAUGAAAAAUAAUAAGGAUUAAAAAUUGUUUAUAUUUAAAUAAUUGAAUUAUAUAAGUCGAAAAAUUUGACAGUAGAAUUUGUAAAAUAUCGUUGAAAAUUUUGUAGAAAAAUGUAGUUAAUACUUUUGAAUGGUAAUGUACUAUAAAGGAUGCCAUAUUGGUUAUCGACCAUUUUAUAAUUCAGUGAUUUGUAUGUACAAAAUGGCGUUUGUUAAAUUACUGCUGGAAACAUGCAUUUUGUUAUUGUUGUCGUUUUUCUUUUUUUAAUACUCUGGUAUGGUUGAUAUAUUUCGUAUUACGUAUUUUCAAUUCAUCAGAGAUUUAACGAUUCACUAAUAAUUGUCAUUGUAUAUAAUUGUUAUGAUAUUUUUUUAUAGAUAUAUUUACCCGUGACGAUGGAAAAAAAAAAUAUAAUCGAAUCAAAAACA